CCUAGAAGAUGUGCAAGGAAAAGGUGAUUAUAACUUUGUCUGAGCGUAAGUCAUUCCACAUAGUUCAGACCUAAUCGAGGGACAAUGUGCAGCUCUUAAUCAAAAGUAUUUAGGCGGAGCAUUUGCUAGAGGCUUAAUCCAGCUUGCAGACGCCUACUUUUGAAAUUCCUAGCUUAGAUAUUCUUUUCGAAUUUAGUGUAAGACGCAAAAGGGUGCACUUUAUUCGCUACUUCUAUGAAGGGAUAUUCAUCUCAUCACCAGGGUAUGGAAACCGAUUCAAAAAGACAAAAUGCUCCUUCAUAAUAUGGGAGUUCGUGUUGCUGUGCUAUUCAUUUUCCGGUGGAUUGUGAGUUUGUAAGUUUACCACGGAGCCGUCGUUGUGACAACUGCACGUAGGGGGGGUAUCCACGAUGAAGGCAGAUCUGUGAUGGCCCAAAUCUCAACCCUCGUUGGGUGAGUAUAUCAGUACCUAUGCUUGCAGACAUGCAAAUCUACGCCCUCUCUGUGUACUGCUUUGGUUCAGUCGGUUAUAAUUUGGUUGUGAUAUUUUGUUGAGGUGCCUACGUGAUCGGAUUUGCUUGGCAAAAAAAGACUACUCAUUCGACAUUAGUAAUGGUUCAACUACACUAUUUCUUUUCUUCUUGGCCGAACAGGAAGCUGAAGUGAUUCAUCAGGCCAUAUUACGUCAAAUAUUUAUAUGUAAAUAUUUGUGCAAAUACGCUUUUCCAGAUUAUGUCGUAUUAGCAUUAAAGGAUUAUGCACAUUGGUGACGAGAAACCCUCAUCUAGAGCGCAAGACUGAAACUUGCCAUGUCAACCAUUGUAAAUGUAUUACCGAUCUUCUUUGUGGGGGAAUAAGCUGGCUGCAUGUUACCACUUUCUUUAGUGCAUUGGAACCCCAAACAUCUAUAUUAAUUGAAGAAUCACCCUUUGGUUUCAUCCCUCCACGAACACGAGUUAUCGGAACAGUUGUGCUGCAAAGUUCUAAUACAUAAAAGUUUCACACAAGUUUAUGUUUUUUUAUCAGUUGUAAAUAGCUCUUUUUAUUAUCAAUUCUUUCACAUACAAGGUGUGUGCUUGUAUUCAUUACAGCUUUUAUAGGUGCUGAAAACAGAAACAAAGAUCUAAAACUAUAUAUUUACCCAUGUCUGAGGCCCUCCUGACACAGUGGAAGGAUCGCGUUCUGGAAGCAGAGACUGAAGUGGGCCUGAUUCAAGAUGACAUCAAUGCGGUUCUCGAAGAGCGAAAAAAACUGAAGCAAGCCUCACGUAAGCACUUGGAAAUCAUAGAAAAGGAGAAAAAGGAUCUUCUCAAACGGCUUGAAUCAGUUGAGGCAGAAGCUAAAGAGCUCAGCGCUGUUUGUGAACGGACGCUUAGUGAAAAAGAUAAGGUUGAGGCGGCCUACAUUAAGACCCUUGAUGAAUACGAAAGCAUGCACUACCUAGUGCGUGAGAUCAAGGACAAGGAAGAGCUUCUCGCCUCGCGUGAAGACUUGGAAACACGGCUCCAGCGGGAGUCCCUCGCUUGGGCUGAGGAGGAGCAUGCUAUGCGUACCAAGCUAAGCAACCUACAAUUGCAGCUCAAACAGCAGCGUAAACAACAGCAGGCUGAGCAGAGCGAGCUUGAGGAAAAGCUAGUGGCCUUAGAGAAGCAACGGGAGCAGGAGCGGACUGAGCGCAGCAGUGGGAAUGCCAGACCAGCACCAAGUGCUGUGAAACCCACCCUUGGUGCUGGCACGGAUGACAACAGUUCCCCCUCAGUUUCAACCCAUAAAAUAUCCUCGGUAGCACGUCCGCCGCAGCUCAAGUCUUGUCUCAAAGGGAAGGGUGUUACGACACCAACUCCAGAAGGGGACAUAGCAAGCAUUCGGUCGAACACAUACCGCCCCAAUGCUUAUCACGCGGUAGCCUCGGCUCCUGUAUCCAGAGCUGCGUCGCAGUCUCUCGUGUAUCAAGCGCAUAACAUUGGAGCUGAUCUGUCAGGCGCAGCGGGUCAGAAACAGCAGACGUCUCUAGAUCAAAUUCGAGCGUAUUCCUAUUGCUUUGGAAAAGAGAAUUCUCGUGGCCGUAGCAUGCUUCAAGAAACAACAAACAAUUGAGAAUAAAGACUGUUGUUUUUGUCUUGCCUGCAGAUCUCCCUCCAGUGCUAGAAUAAAUUUAGAUUCAACUUGAAAUGACAUCCCCCUGUUGUCAUCGUGAAUAUAGAGAAACA